CAUUUCUUCAAAAAGAAACCAACUUACGAGGUUGGUAAAGCGACUUUUCAAACUCCAUGAUUAAUAAUAAUUAAAAAAAUAAUAACAACAAAUAAAUCAUGAAUCACGACUUUCUUGCACUCUUUAAUUCGCGUUGCACUCGAUAUCAAAACACGCACUUGACGAAGUAAGUAGGUACCCUUCGAGCAAAGCUUGCAGAGUCUUUUUGAGUGGAGAGGAAAAAUUAAUAGGAGGCUCUGCCUGAACCACAUCGAACUUUUGAAGUCGCCGAAAAAUCGUUCCGGACUAGUCAAUCUUGUUUUCUUUCGUCAAACUGGUUUUUUCGACUGCGAGCAUCCGCUUUUUGAUAAAUCGGCCUAAGUCAUGACUGAGCCUGCUGUGCUAAGUGCACGGCUAUUAGUCUUGGUUGGAAACUGAACACCAGUAACAAUCAGCACAUGCUCAACAAAGACCUUUCUCGAUCCAUGCACGAGUACGCCAUAAUGAAGUGAAAGAAAGGCUCUGCUAGCGGGUUGACACCGGGGUAAACCCUUUAUUGUUCCUUUAGCAGCAUCAUUUGCUGCAAAUUUUUCCUCAACUUUCAAAACAGUGUUUAUAAUCAAGGCAUGCAGUGAACACAUCUGAGACGGAAAAGUAUAAAAAAUAUGUUAAUGACCUAUAAGGGCAUUUGAAAGCAUGUUGUUAGGACAGCUUUCGCUAAGUGUCUCAUUUUGUAGUACAGUAAAAACCGGCAGGUAAGAACUUCGCUGGGAAAUUAGAUUCUUCUUCUUUGGGUUAGUGAGUGAUGAUAGUUUUGGUCAAGUAGUUCUAAGUAGGUUCUUAAUUAUGUUCUUAUUUUCUGUAAUUAGAAUUUUACUUUUUUUUAUUCUAUGAUCAUAAUUUUACCAAACCCACAUACAUGUAUAAGAACCUGUUUGAUCUUGCCUGGCUAAAAAGGUUCUUGUAUUUUUGGUUUACCUCUAAAACGUAUUAAUUUUCUCAAAUUUAUUUCAAUAGUCACUCAUCAAUCAGAAGAUAAAGGACUUUCGAAAAGAAAGUAAAGCCAUGCAUGACUGGAUGGAUGAAUCAGAGACACUUGUCAAAUCAUUCAGCGUUGACAUGGAUUCCCAAAAAGCAACAAAGGUUCAGCAGAAAGUAAAUGUAAGUGUCACGUGGUUUUCUUCAUACUGUUUUUCUGAAUCAUAAACAAACUGUCCUUAGAUCGGGAAGUGAAAGAAACAACACUACGUGCGCACAGGCUUCAGCUGACGAGUUUAGUUAACGCCGGCCUAAGGAAUGAGACUCGUAAGAUCCUAAGAUUACCUUUUGUGCCUCGCUUUGAGCCGUUUGCCCUCUAGCAGCGGGUCUUGUGCUCAUGAGGAAAUGUCUAGCGGUUAUUUCUUUUUAAAAUGCAGAUUCGCAUACAGCGUCGAUCAGGAGAGAUAAAGAGCAAACUUUGGUGUAUGCAUAACACCUGAUCCUUGAUGCUUAUUGUUAAAAUCAUUUAAAAUCAGGUUAUUGAUAGUCAUUAAAACUGCAACGUUACUCGAUAGUAACAGUGAUAAUGUGGUUGAUAGUCAGUGAAGCAGGCUUCUUUUUUUUCCUUAGACGCGAUAUGAAGAAAUCAAGGAGAAACAGGCCAAGGUGGAUCACAUCGUCUUAUUAAGCAAGCAAAUUGAGAACGAAACUUUGGACCCUACAGUCAGCGAGCCGUUUGUAAAGCAAGCCGACCAUUUGAAGGAAAGAUGGAAGAAGGUUAAGGAGAUGAUUGAAAACUACGGUGAAGCAGACGCGGGAAGCAAAGCAAAAGAAGGCAACUGCUGUGUCAUUUUCUUAAAAAAGAGACUGUUUCCAGCUUGGUAUUACAAUUAA